UACCUGUCAGCGAGUUCACACGCAUCUCUUGACUUUAACCUUUUUUUUUGAAAAAAAUACACACGAUUAAAUCUCUGGUUUUCGAGAUUUGGAAAGCGAUCAGCAUUCAUCCGAACAGCCCUCACUGAUGGCAGCGACCAAUCUCCGGCUGAUUGUGGCGGCUCUGCUAGUCAUGGCAGCUGCGGCGGCGGACACUUACACCAACCAUACAGUAGGCGGCGACGCCGGCUGGUUCUUCGACUCCGCCACCAAUAAGACUUCCGCUGACUAUAGUGCUUGGGCUGCUAAAUCGACAUUCAAUCUCGGAGACUAUCUCAUUUUCAACACAAACACAAACCAAACUGUGAUCCAAACAUACAACAAGACGACGUACAGUAGCUGCAUCAUCGAUGAUGCUUUAGACAGCGAUACGUUUCAGUAUGAUGGUGGCAGAAACGAGUUUGGAAGCGCCAUGACCAUAAGCGUGGCACUGACCAUCGAGGGGACUCAAUACUACUUCUCGGAUGCUAAUGAUGGGGAGCAAUGCCAACAUGGGAUGGCCUUCGAGAUCAAGGUAGAACACGGGCUGGGGCUCCCACCGAGCCUCAACCAACCCCCUCCUCCGGUCUAUGUUCCGCCACCCGGCCCAGCAAACAACGAGGAGCAGUCCCCACCUGCUGGGUUUGCAAACACCACUCCUUCCUCCAAUCAUGCCAUCAUAACUGGUGCUAGCUUCUCUGUUACUGUGCUUCUUGGUUUGAUCUCCUUGCUGGGAUGCUGAUGGUAUAGAGAUUCAAGAUUAUUUUCUUAUUUUAGAUUCUCUUAAUGAAUCUUGUUUUUGUUUUUUUGAAUACACACAGCAUAAAAGAGGAAGGCCAUCAACUUUGGGUUUUCCUAUAUUUUUUCCCAUUGCUCUUAUAUUUUCUUUUCCUUGAACUGAAAACAUGUAACUCUUCGAAAAUUAAUUUUGUUACAAAGUUGAAAACAGAAAUGCAAACCCCAACUUCAUCUUCUGGUAUUUAUUUUUAUUAUUAUAUGAAGUUUGACAUUACAUUUAUUGCUUUUUCUUUAAUUGGUGAAUGUAUUUCUCGUCUAGUUUGAAGUAUCUUAGCUUAGCUUAUGAAUUUCCAUGGAUCAAGACUUUCAGAAGACAGAGGAACUGUGUUAUGAAUGAUAGUAUGUAUGAUUAUAUCUAUUAGAGUUCUCUUGUGGAGGGCCUUCAGUGAAAGAAAAUCUUGUAAUCAUCCAGUUGAUAACAAUUGUUAUGCUUUGAUUCAUAAUAUCAUGAAUUGAACAAGGAAGAGCAGUUGAGUGGCCUUGAAGAAGAGAAGAGAAGAGAAUGUUAGAAGAAAGACAUAUACUGAAAGAAGAAGGGGCGCUCGAGAGCAAGGCGGGUGCAGUUGAUGAGACGGCUCUGGGCGCUGGAGCUGAGUAUAUGGGGAGUGGCUUCGGAGCUGUUGGCACCGAGCAGUCUGCACAAACCUGGGAAAUUUCAUGGGGAAGACCCUUUUUACCAUUUUUGGCAGUGGAUUCCUGAAAUGAGCAUAUCUACAUCAGAGUAUCUUAUUAUUUAUUCUAUUAUUAAGUUAGCAUAUCUUUCCCA